UUAUGCUUAUCAUAUCUUUCCUGGUAACUGUUUUUAACGGACUGCUUACACCGAGUCGUUUGAGGAAGUACUUCUAGACUGUUUGUUUGGCUACUGGGAAGAAUCGGACAACAGUACGUCUAGAUGUUUCACUAUGAUUUAAUAUUUAUAUUAGCUCUUAGUCUUCCGGUUUCUUUCGCAACGCAUAAUGGACCAAUCGACGCUAGACUAUUACAAGAAGAUGGCCUCAUAUUGGCUGAUUCCAGUGGUCACGUGACGGUGUACGAAGGAAGUGGUUUCGAGGAAGUGGAGUCAGAAGUGGGGACAAAGAACAAUUUUGAAUCUGGAAGUGUCACUAAUACAACUUUUACGGAUCUCGAAGGAUUUAAAAACGACUGGAAAAACAAUUACACAAGCAUUUCUGUUAUAUCCGGUGAUUCCGAUGUAGCGUCAACUCCGCCCUCUAUCAUCGUUGCUGUCGUUAUCCUAGUUGUUGCGCUAAUCUGUGGUGCUGUCGUCGUUAUCAAACUCUUGUAUGAUCGUUACUUCAAACAAAACACCCGAAAAGACCCAGCGGAUUACGAUAGCGACGAAUAUUCUGUAAUGAUGACCUGGGAUUAGCGGUCACGUGAUAUGUGAUGAGAGGAAGUCAUUGCCUGUGAUAUAUUACGGAAGCCUAUACGAGUCACAAUUUAAUAACUAAGUCGUUAUAACGAAAAUCACAUCAAAAAGUCGUUAUAACAACAUAAUGUUUCUUUUUAAAUACCAUACAACUUUCGUAUACUAUAUAUAAACACAGUGGAUUUUUUCAGUUCAGACAUGGUUUCAGAAUACACCUUACAUAAAACCAGUGUAAAAAUCGGAUUAGUAAAGUAACACAUGUUAUACGCGUCCGGAGAUUAACGGAUUGUCAUUGUAACAUAUUAUAUAUUAUCAUAAGCUCUAAUGUUGCUUUUUUCUAUCUCUCAAUAAUUACAAGGGUUUGAUAAAUAUGUUGGAUCAUUGAAUUAAAUUUUUGUUUUAACUGACAGAUAAACUUUUACUUAAAACGGGGUUUAUAAAACGAUGUUGUACGAGUGGGUUUUAUGUGGUUAUUUGUAAUAUAGAAGAUGUCUAGAGGAUAUACCAGUCUUUAUGAGUACAUAAUUUAACUAUGAAAUAAAUCAUGUCCAAUUCUUUCUUUUUUAUUAUUACUAUACAAUUUCACAAGAAAGAAAUCUGAGGACUGUUUUGCAUUGUUGAAAUGGAGCUUACAUACUAUGGGUCCCAUAAUGCUCAGAUCAAUGUCCCGGUCAAUCACUUAGUUAACCUGGCACCAGUGUCACCAGCGUUCCCUACUUAGAAAACUUCAUUAACUUUCUUUUAUUUUCGUUUCUUUUUAACAUUAGAAAGCUAUGUUUCUCAUCUUUUGAAAAUUCCUUCUUUACCAAAUGUUUUCCUACACUAUUUCAAGAUUUCAGGAAAUCCGAGACGUACAAAGGGGCAAUAACUUUGUUCAUAACCAAUAUAGCCUUUACACGUGCUCAGCUACAUCUUACACGUGCUCAGCUACAUCUUACACGUGCAGAAGUUCAUCUGAAAGUGAUAACUCCUGUCCUGUUUCAAGCAGAGAAAAUAGGCAUGUAGGUAUGAUAUACCGAGGUACACAAAGGGAGAUGACUCAUAAAUAAUCAUGAAAUAGUUCAUGCAUUACAAGGUAACACCGAUUCGGAUAGAUGAUAUCACUUAUCAUAGUAGAGCAAAGUAACAAGAAUGUGCUUGUUUCUUACCUAUUAUUUAUUGUCCAUCUGUUCGUUCGUAGACCCCAUCUUGUCCGGAAAACUUCCACCCAACUUUGGUUUAAACAUAACUCCUGUCGUAUAUAUAUAGAUCUGGCGUACUGAUCCCAUGUUUUUUGAUAGAGUGAUUGACUUUUGUUAUUUUGAGAAUUGCAAAUCUUCUUCAGACAGCUUGUUAGCCUACAUUUCUUUUCGUUGAGCGCUCAAACAUACGGCUAAGGAGUAUCGAUUAUAGCAAAAAUGAUGAAAAAGGAAGCGGCGUCGAACAAAAUGAAUUGGACAUUUUCUCAUCUGAAAAAAAGUCGAAAGAAAUGGAAAGCACAAAGCACUGAGGGCGUGCACGCGAUAAGGAGUGAUGACGACUUAGAUAAUUAAAUCAACGCCAAAAGAACAUUGAAUUGCCUUAUUCAACGUGUGAUUUUAUUGAAUGUCGUUUUUGUUUGUUUUUGUUCUUGGAACUUGUAUUUCGGAUAUUCUUCCAAAUUAGUAACUUAAUUUUUGCUUAAUAUUUCAGUGACUAUGAAAAGUUUUCAGAUAUCAGAAAAUCGAUUUACACCGUUAUCUACUUAAAACACAGGAACUCAAAACCAUGGUUUAAGUCGGUCAACUGAUUCAUUAUGAUUGGUUGGGUAACUUAUUUCUGACAAGACCAGCGUCACAGAUAAACCCUAUAUCUCCAUAAAAACAAACAAAAUUUGAUAUUGUUGGCAAUAUUUUAAUAUACGAGGUUAAUUCAGCACCAUCGAUAAUAGCAGUAUUGACAGCCUAUAACAAUACAAACAACAACAUAAUAAAUAUGUAUAUACACUGGAUAAAACACCUGGAGUUAAAAUUAAAACAUAAU